AAGUCCACAAACCAAUAUAUAUAGAUACAACUUCGACGUAUAUAUAUUUCAAACAGUGCUAGCUAGCAGCUAUAGCUCUCUUUGUUCAUGGGAAUUUUGGUGCCAGACGACGCCAAACAAGUAAUGGAGAAUACUCAAUUAACUACAUCAGGAUCCAAAAUAGAAAGGAGGGUAAUUGAGAAGAACAGAAGAAACCACAUGAAAAUCCUCUACUCCCAACUCAACUCUCUCCUCCCAAAUCAACACUCCAAGGAACCUGUGAGUCUGCCUGAACAAAUAGAUGAAGCCAUUAACUACAUCAAAACCCUGGAGUCGAAUAUGCAGAAACUCAAGCAGAAAAGAGACAACCUAAAGAUUGGUAGGAAAAGAUCAUAUGAAUUAUGCAGCAGCAGUAGCAGCACCAGAUCAGCAGCUGCCACUAGUACUGCGAAAUCGCCGCAAAUUCAAAUCCAUGAGAUUGGUUCCACCCUAGAGGUUGUUUUGAGUACUGGACUACACAAUCAGUUCAUCUUCUACGAUAUAAUUCGUAUACUUGACCAAGAACAAGCAGAUGUCGUACAUGCUAGCUUUUCAGCUUCCGGAGACUCUAUACUUCACCUAGUGCGUGCAGAGAUGGGCAACUUGAUUCUUGAUUUUGGGGCAGCGAAAAUAACUGAGAAGCUGAAAAGAAUUGUCUAUGGAUCCGCCAGCGAUGAAGAACUACAGCAUGAUGAUCAUAAUCAAGACUACUACUUGUGGGACUUCCAGAUCCAUCCUCAGAUGUGGGAUUUCUGAUCUUGCAUUAAUCGGUCACUAAUUGAUUUCGGUGUCCAGAAAUUACAAAUUAGUUAUAGCCAUGGGGAGUACGUAAUCGAUCGGAAGGCUAACUUGCUAAUGUAUUAUAUAGGAGACAGUGUGAAACUGCAUAUAUGGUGAAUAAUAUCGUGUGAUCGAUAUCCCAAAUCCACAUUUCU